AUGAAGAAGGUGAAAGCAGUAAGCCUUGACAAACUUAUUGAAGACUUCUCUUUGUUAGAGCAGAAGAUAACAGAACUUCAAGGAAAGAACAAUAUAUUGGACAUAAAACUAGAUGAAGCUAGCAGACUGCUGAAGUUGAGCCAAACUAAAGAGACUUGUAUGAAGGAAGAAUGUGCUACUCUUCAGGCAACAAUACAAGGACUUCAGGAAACAAUACAAACCCAAUGUGACUUACGAGAUGAAAAUGAAAAGUUAAAGAAGAACAUUCGUACUUUCGAAGAAAAAAAUAAAAUUAAGGAGCAGGCGCAUACAAGUCAUGUUGAGAGAUUAAUGAUGGAGAUGAAGGCCAUGCAGCAGGACCACAAAACUGAGCUUGCUGAGAUUCAAUGUGACAUGAGAAGAAAAUCUGAGAUAAAAGAAACAGAGUUGAAAGAUGCCGUUGUCAGAAAAGAGGCUGAAAUUCUGGCAAUGAAAAAGCAGCUGAAGGAUCAAGAAAGGGAGAAACAGAGUGAAAUAAUUAAACUGCAAUUGGAGUUUAAUGCAAAGCUGGAGAGAAUUCAGAGCACUUCCGUGAAAGCCCAGCAUCAAGAUACCUCCAUCUUAGCACAGAAUAUUUUCAAAAGGAAACUGCAGUUUGUGCAAGAGGAGAAGAACAGAGAGAGUGAAGCCUUGCGCAGAACGAUCAAAGAGCUGGAGCAACAGCUUAGUAGCCCUCAUGAUUCUCGCCUGAAACGCAGACGGUUUUAAUCCAAGACAUUUAGAAAACAAAAUCAGCUAC